CGCGGGACAAAUUGUAACGUAUACUAGCUCUGGCACUGUCUACGCGAGUACAGUUGAUGGAGGCCAGUCAGCUAUCUCGACUGUGCAAUCAACUACGACUACAAAUACGGGUACAUCUUCGACCACGACAUCGGCUCAACCGACUUGCACAACCGCGCUACCCGCAUCUUGCAACUCAUUAGACGAUGGAGGCACCGCAAAUACCACGCCGACCCAAGCACAAGAAGAUCAAUGC